UUAAGAGGACAGUAGUUAGCUUGUAUGUGGCUGUUGGCUGAUCAGACUAUGUCUUGCUAGUAUUACAUAAAUAGACAUGUUUUUAAUGGCUGUGCGAACAGAGGAACGGUCACAGCUCACCUGUGUGCAGCAGUAGAUGCUCUCCAUGCAGUGUGCUCCUUCCCCCUGAGGCUGUCAUCAGCUGUUUGACAGCAGAGCAGCAUGUCAGACUCUGGGAACCAGUCCUGUCUGAUGGGAGCAGAGGACACUGUCUCCUUCCUGGUGUGUGUGUUCCAUGCGUGGGAGGACUGGGCGGGCCUCGGUCAGUUGGAGGACUAUCUGAGUGUGUUGGAUUACCUGCUGUGGGUCUUCACCCCUCUGGCCAUCGUCUUCAUCCUGCCCUUCCUCAUCGUCAUUCUCCUUUACCUCUCUAUACUCUUCCUUCAUGUCUACAAGAGGAAGAAUCAGCUGAGGGAAGCUUACUGUAACAACCUGUGGGACGGAGCCAGGAAGACCCUGGCUACUCUGUGGGACGGACAUGGAGCCAUAUGGCAUGGCUAUGAGAUAUACGGGAUGGAGAAGAUCCCGGACAAAGGACCAGCACUGAUAGUGUACUAUCACGGAGCCAUUCCUAUCGACUACUAUUACUUCCUGGCCAAUGUAAUUAUCCAGAAGGGACGGCCCUGCCACUCUGUAGCUGACCACUUCCUCUUCAAGAUACCAGGUUUCAAGUUACUGUUGGAGGUGUUCAGUGUGAUCCACGGCCCUCAGGAGGAGUGUGUGCGGGCUCUGAGGAACGGUCACCUGCUGGGGAUUUCUCCAGGAGGAGUGCGGGAGGCUUUGUUCAGCGAUGAGACGUACCCUCUGCUCUGGGGAAAACGCAAAGGCUUUGCCCAGGUCGCCAUCGACUCGCAAGUGCCAGUAAUUCCAAUGUUUACUCAGAAUGUGCGGGAAGGCUUCAGAUCUCUGGGAACACUUAGUGCAGCAGGCGGUCCAGUCUCUGAUCGACCAGCACCAGCAGAUCCCCGGGAACAUCCUGAGAGCCUUGUUGGAGAGAUUUCACACCAAACGGAAAGACCACUAACAUCAGCAGACUGUGUAGUGCUUGACCAAAACGACAUGUCACAUCGGCUCAGAUGGCUGCAGGGUGCACAGGUUUGGUGGCCUAAUAUGUUGGAAUAUUUGCACAGCUUCCUCACUGCUUCCAAACACCUCUGACUGCAGCUACUAAGAUUACUUUAAGAUAUGUCUCCCUGGGUACAGUGACUUCUGUUUCAUCUGAUGCGUGCAUUCAAAGUUAGACUUCCCGCAGUGGUGUUUGGACUUGAUAAUAAUCAUACCUCAAAAAUGGUCAAUGAAAUGAUAAUUAUUUUUUCAAUACAGACCUGCACACAUUCGAAUUUCUUGUGUUCUGAUAUCUGCCUUUAUUAAAGAAGUACGGGCAGUUAAAGAUUGUGCUCAGGACUGAUCUGUGGCCCGACUGGUUGGUUGAAUCAAUAGUCAGAUGUAAUUGGUUGUUGUAGAUGUCUGUAGUUUAAAUAAAUGGGAUUCACACAAUGUCUUUAUUGAAAAUAGCUAAAAAAAGAACAUUUGUGUCAGUAAGAGAUUCCUAAUGUUGGUUAACUAAUAUAUUUAGUUUACUAUCCAUGCCUGUCAAUUGCAGUGACUAUGCAGACAAUUGCUUGUUUUGAUAUACUUUAAAUUAUUUUGAGUUUGUACAUCUUCAUGCACUAUUACCUGGUAUCAGGCUGCAGGGUAUCACCUAACAGACAGAGCAGACAGAGCUCAACCUGGUGAUUAAUGUUGGACGUAGUUACUGUGACGCUACGCACGACGUUUGUGGACUCGUGUUUUGAAGCCUUGAAGUCUUGAGUUUGGCAUUUUGCUGUUGCCUUCUUGGAUUUUUGAAGCCAGAAGUGACCAUAUUUGGAUGAGAUGGUGUAGAUAACUCUAAUGCAAGCUGCUAGCUUAGUUAGCAUGAUGGAUUUACAGGUAUGGUGAACUGUGAUAAUGCUAAUGCUAAUUUUUGCUAGCAACAAAAAAGAGGCCUAAAAAAACAUGAAUACAAAAUGUUACCAAAAAAAAACUAAAUACCCAACUCCUUAGAGAGUCUUUUAGUACAACCAAAUGCUGAAAAUUAUACUUAGGUUUGAUAGUAGACACCCUUUUCUUGAUAGGGUCCCAGUGUUCUGCCAUGUUCUGCUUAUCCAGUCCAGCUGCUUCUUCUCCAGUCUUUGGGCUUAUACCAGUUGCAAACAUCUGGCUGAAAUACUUACAGUUAUUACUUAAGAAUGACGAUCUCUCAGGUGGGUCCUUGGUAUGGCUGUCUCCUCCGGUUGAAAUGCUCUUGGACUGUCUUUACUGCUGGAAUAAUGGUGCUGCAGAACCUCUGCCGAUAAAUUUCUUUUGAGACAUUGUAUUUGGUUAGUACUGCCGCUUUAAUAGCUUUAUGGGACUCUGCCUGAUCCUUAUUUAUGUCAGCAUUUGUCAAAUCUUUGCCAGAAAGGGAUGAAAACAUUGGGAAUGGUGUAAAAUUCCUUCACUCCCUCUUUUAGGAUUCUCAUGUCACAGUAAGACAUUCCUGAGUACAGUCUGGUCUUCUUGUUUCAUAUAGAAACUGUUUUCUUUAUGCUGAACUACACUCGAUAAACUUCUCACUGGGCAGAAGGAAGAGUGCAUCUACUCAUGGAUGCGAGGCUUGCACGUCAGUGGGAGAUGUACAGAUUAAAAGUGUCUUCCUCGGCUAAGAUGUGAUGUUGGAAAGCUCAGUGCUGCUGGGUGAGCUAGCAGUCGAUGCUUACUUUAAUUGUCAGUGAACCGUCCACUGUUAAGGGAAGGAUGAUUUCUGAAAGGUCCAGGUGUAAGACCAGACUCUAUAUUUAGUAAGGACUCUGAGCUCCCUUGGGGUUGUCACUUUCACACAAGUGUCACAUUGAUUGAAAUACUUUAGAUAUUUUAAAUUUUGUUGUAACACCUUCCAUCGGCUGAGAAGUAACAGCAACCAUCUUGUUCUGAAACUAUUGACUUAAAAUGAAGCCACGAUGCUGUUACUAUGGACUGUGCUGUUGGUCAGGCAAAACAAGGCUUUUGAAGACAUUACCUUGUGCUCCAGGAACUUCUGAUUCGCAUUUUGACAUUUGACAGAUUAAACCAUGAAAGAAUUGAAUUCAUAUUACUGAAAUUGAAAGAAGAAAUAUAGAUUAAUCAGCAGGAACCUUAAACAUUAGGCUCAGCCCUACAAAGAGCAGUAGACUUUGUUGUGCCAUACCUGAAAAUGCCAAAGAGAUGUGAUAGGAAGUCAUUUGUUUGAGCUGAAGGUAACGAACAAACUCAUGCUAGAAUAAGACUAGUAAAACUAUAUUUAGUAAACACACUCAGAAAAAAAACAUCUAGAUAUGUAAGUGCAAAAUCUAUUCAGAAUAAAAUAAAAACAAUUUUAAACUACAAAACAAGGGAAAGACAUUCAUUUUAGCCUUUAACCAUCUGAAACCUGGAGCGACAUCAUUUCCCUCAUGCUGCUUUUUGACGCCUUUUCAAAGUAUUUAAUCCUUUGAACAAUGAAGAAAUUGGUUUGUUUACUUUCAAAACAUGAAAAAAAUGAAACUUUGAUCGAAAUGGUUCACAAAUUGCAAGUUAUUAAUAGAUUUAGAAAAAUAAAAUAUAUUUUUAGAAAGUAAAGAAAUAUCUAGGACAAAACAUC